CCUGAUUGCUUAAAAAACACGUGCCUUAUUUACUUGAUUUUUGGCAAGCGAGGAAUUGUUUAAUUUAAAAUUGAUUUCGAACUAUCUCUGACUUAGAAUUAUUCCAAAAUCUCGUAAAAUGAACAAGGCAGGCUUCAAAGCGCCUCGGCAGAGGAAACGAAAACGCUGCGAAGAAAAAAUCGCCGUCAGCCAGACUUUGGUGGAACUGCCAUGCGAAAUUGAGCUUCAACCGGAGGGUAAGAAACACCGGCCGUCGUAUGACGCUUGCAACACUCUGGCGCUGCCUUCAAAGAAGGUCAAAGUGCAGCCUGCAAGGAGAAAAGGUGCGGAGCAGGGUCGACCCUUCCUCUCAAAGAAGCGGCGGCGGGAGUUGGAAAGACUCGUGGCCAAGAAAGAGAAGAAAAAGAAAAGAAGUGCCCUUUUGGAUGAGCUGUCCAGUGUGCAAGCACCGCAAGACAUCAACUUUGCCUCCAUCGUUAACCACAAAAAGAUUAAAGAAAACACUUUCAAGAAGGAAAAGGUCAUAAAGCCUCAAUAUGACGAGGAGGACGAGGAUACUGCUGAGGACGAUGCACCGACAGUUUUAGUUGAUAUAAUUAAAUCAGUGGCCCCAGCUCCUGUUGUUCUGAAUCCUAAAUUUACACCGAAGCUAAAUGAUUUGCAACCCAAGGAGCAAAAGGUCACACCUGAUGUGAUAAAGCAGAGGACGGUGCCAUCGGAAAAAGGGAGGCCGACAGUUUUUGUGUCGGUGAACAGGUCUGCAAGUGUGCAGGAGGCAAGGAUGAAGCUGCCCAUCCUGGCUGAGGAGCAGGUCAUCAUGGAGACCAUUAACGAAAACCCUAUAGUUGUGCUGGCUGGAGAAACGGGCUCUGGCAAGACCACUCAAGUGCCUCAGUUCUUGUACGAAGCGGGAUAUGCAAGGAAUGGGAAAAUGAUUUGCGUGACGGAGCCUCGUCGAGUGGCAGCAAUUUCGAUGUCAUCACGCGUGGCCUCGGAGAUGAACCUGAGUGGGCGUGAGGUGUCGUACCUGAUCCGCUUUGAGGGCAAUGCAACUCCGAGCACGCGAAUUCUCUUCAUGACGGACGGUGUGCUGCUGCGGGAGGCGCGUCGUGAUCUUUUACUUUCCAAGUAUUCAGUGGUGGUUGUUGACGAGGCCCACGAGCGCAGUGUCUUUACUGACAUCCUUGUUGGUCUCCUCUCCAGAGUUGUCCGUCUUAGGCAACAAAGGGGUGACCCUCUUAAGUUAAUUGUGAUGUCAGCCACACUGCGGCUGGAGGACUUCACUGAGAACACGCGACUCUUCAGAACUGUCCCGCCUGUCAUCAAGGUUGACUCGAGACAGUUCCCAGUUACUGUGCAUUUUGCCCGCAAAACUGUUGACGACUAUGUGAGUGAGGCCUACAGGAAGACUUGCAAAAUUCACACUCAACUUCCAGACGGUGGCAUCCUCGUCUUCCUGACUGGGCAGAAGGAGGUCAAGUUCUUGGUGCACAAGUUGAGAAGUGCCUUUCCUCUGAAUCAAAAUGUGGAUAAAAAGGACGAGGAAAAGAUAAAUGAGGAGGAAAAAGAGCCUAUGGAGGAGCAGAAAGAGGAGGACCAGUUGGAGGCAGAAUUCGACUCUUCUCUAAGGAAAAAGGGUGGAAAGAAGAAGAAAAAGAAGAAAGGCAUGGGGCUGAACGUUGUCAGCCUCGACUCUUUUGCUGAAACUGUGCCCGAGGAUGAACUCGCAGAUGAAUUGGAGGGAGAUGAUGACCUCGAAAUUGCUGACUGUGAGUUGCCAGCAAUCCGUCAGCCGCUGUGGGUGUUGCCUUUAUACUCAUUACUGCCAAGCCACAAACAGGCUCUUGUUUUUCGCCCGCCACCAACUGGUGCUCGUCUUUGUGUGGUUGCAACUAAUAUUGCCGAGACGUCUCUCACCAUCCCUGGUGUCAAGUAUGUUGUGGACACUGGACGCACCAAGCACCGUCGAACUGACAAACUCACUGGCGUCUCUACCUUUGAGGUGGAUUGGACUUCCAAGGCCUCAGCAGAGCAACGUACUGGACGAGCAGGGCGUGUGGCACCUGGACACUGUUACCGUCUCUACUCCUCAGCGGUCUUUAAUGAUAAGUUCCCGCAGUUUUCCAUCCCUGACAUCCUCAACAGACCUGUGGAUGACCUCUUCCUCCAGAUGAAGGCCAUGGGCAUUGAUAAAGUGAUCAACUUCCCGUUCCCCUCACCACCAAGUAUGGAGCAGUUGAAGGCAGCAGAGGUGAAGUUGACCCUGCUCGGAGCCCUGGAGCCACCGUCAAAAGAAGGAAAGACUUCUGGAGGUCUGACCGAGCUGGGAAAGGCAAUUUCUCGGUUUCCAGUUACACCGAGAUUUGGGAAAGUUCUAACGCUGUGUCUGCAGCAUCAGGGGCUGAUUCCACACGCUGUCAACCUGGUGGCUACCCUCUCUGUUGAGCAGCUUCUUUUAGACCCAGGCAAGGCUGUGAAGGAGUGCGCCCUGAGUGGGCAGGCAAAGGAGCUGGGUGACCCUGCAAUUGUCCUGUGGCUCCUGUACGCAGCCAGCAAAGCUGCCAUUCAGGGAGAGGACGCUCUGUCCCAGUUUUGCGAAAAGCACAGUUUGCGGCUUAAGGGUGUUCGGGAAGUUUCCAAGCUCAGGGCGCAGCUCACCUCUGAAAUCAACAUGGCCCACCCUGAGCUUAACCUCUCGAUGGAUCCUCUGCUUCAACCUCCUUCAGAUGCCCAAUGUCGGCUAUUGAGGCAGGUCCUGCUAGCUGGCAGUGUGGAUCAGGUGGCGCUCAGGGUGGAGGAGUCCGACCUGAAGGAUGGCAAGAGCAAGUGGAAGCGCGCUUACAAAACAGAAUUGCUCGAGGAGCCAGUGCUGAUGCCAGCAAACUGCAGUCUAGCCAAGGUCAAACCACAGUGGGUUAUCUUCCAGGAGCUUUUCGAAACCACCAACGUCCUUAUGAGAGGUGUCACUUCUAUUGAGCCCGAGUGGCUUCCUGUUUUUGCUCCGAGCUUGUGCAGUUUGUCUGCACCGUUGGCCGAUCCGCCUCCAAAGUACGACACGCGCAAUCAGAAGAUCAUGUGUUGGGUCACAGGAACUUAUGGAAAAGUAGGCUGGGAAUUGCCUCGGAUGGAGAUGGAAAUUCCAAAGGGACACGAGAGGUACAAGUACCUGGCUUACUUUAUUUUGGAGGGCGAAGUGUUUCCCACCCUGGCCGAGUUCAAGCACACUCUCAUUUUAAACACAAACACUCUCAUCAAGAGUGCUACCAGCCUUGCACCUAAAAAUGCCAACUUUGUAAAUCAACUGAUUGUGAAAGAAGCUGAUAGCGCAGAGAAAAUCAGAGUCGUUUGGAAAGAGGACCCGAAAUAUUUGCUGCAAGCGUUCAAGCAAUGGAUCCCCGAGUCUGCACAUCUGAGAUUAGAAAGCUUGUGGCCCCCAAAGUAAAAAGUAAUAAUUCACAUACAUUUUUAAAUGUUAAAAUAUAAUUAUAUAUUUUUAAAAAAAAUAAAUAGCAAAAAAUAC